UCCAAACCACCAAAUCACAUCUUUCACCGGGAGAUUGACUUUAACUCUGCAAAUGUCAGUCUGAGCUUCUGCUCCGCUGCUUUAUGAGCUUUGACGUGGAUCCAGGGAUCACACCCCGCCGGAUAAAUGUUGGAUUGGCUCUUUUAUUUUUUGCUUUUCAGUGCGUAAAACUUGGCCAAGUAGGUUAGUGGACGAACUGGAGCAGUGACAGCAGGACUUUUAAAUUCUGUUUGGAAACAGCGGUUUGACUGUGUGAACAAAGGAGGAGGAGAAAGCUGCUGAAAGGUCGGAGAGCUGUUUUAUCCAAUGCGUCCGGAGCGGCCGUUUAAGCAGCAGGAACACCGGAGAAAGACAGAGAGAGGGAGGGAGGGAAGAGUGGAGCUCAGCGGGGUCUGCAGGCGCUCACCGGCUGCUGGACGUACAUGUCUCCUCUCCCCACCGGCACCGAGGUUUCUGCUUCCUGUGACACUAUCACACCAUGCCUGAGGGGUCACGGCGUGGCAGCCAGAGAUCGCCUAGUAACGCAGCCGCCAAACGUCCCUCCUCAGUCUCAUCUCUGAGUGGGAUUGUGGGUAGGAUGAUGUCAUCUGGAGAGCGAGGAGCGUCGUCCUCCUCCUGCACCUCCGUCAACACCGUCUGCUCGGACGGAGAGCGCCCCGCUUCCCUCUCCCUCUCCUCCUCUGCCUCCUCAGUCUCCCUGCAGGACUCCUCGCAUUCCUCCUCCUCCUCCUCUUCUUCCUCCUCACUUCCUUAUGGUGCGGUGCCAACAUACAAUGCCUCAUCAUCAUCAUCCUCCACGCCAAAAAGAAACGGUUCAGACAUCAGUCUGGACCUCACUCCCCUCACACCUCACGGAGGAGGAGGAGCUCCUGGAGGAGGAGGAGGGGCUUGUGUCGUCAAGAUGACAGGAGGAGGCCAUCCCAGUAAAGUAGCCAAUCUGGUGGAGGUGUCGACAGCUGCAGCAUCAGUGGCUACACCUAGGCAGCUUUCACGGCUGGACCGAGUGCUUCUGGAGAUCGUAGAGACGGAACAAGCCUACGUCAGAGAUCUGAAGAGCAUCGUGGAGGACUACCUGGGCUGCAUCAUCGACUGCGGGGCUCUGCCACUGAAACCCGAGCAGGUCAGCACGCUGUUCUGCAACAUAGAGGACAUCUACGAGUUCAACAGUGAUCUGCUGGAGGAUUUAGAGAGGAGCCCUCAUGCUGCAGCCAUUGCGGAGUGCUUCGUAGAGAGGAGUGAAGCCUUUGACAUCUACACACUCUACUGCAUGAACUACCCCAACUCGGUGGCAGUGCUGCGGGAGUGCAUGAAAAACGAGAGUUUGGUUCGUUUCUUCCAGGAGAGACAGACGACCCUGAACCACUCUUUACCUCUGGAGACGUACCUGCUCAAACCUGUGCAGAGGAUCCUCAAAUACCAUCUGCUACUACAGGAACUUUCUAAGCACUUUGAUAAGAGCGACCCCGGAUAUGAGGUCGUGGAGGACGCCAUCAUCACCAUGACAGCCGUCGCCUGGUACAUCAACGACAUGAAGAGGAAACAGGAGCACGCUGUGCGGCUGCAGGAAAUCGAGGCCCUGCUGGUGAACUGGACUGGGCCGGACCUCAGCGGGUUUGGCGAGCUGGUUCUUGAAGGCUCCUUUAAGGUGCACAGGGUGAAGAAGGAGAGAGCUUUCUUCCUGUUUGAUAAAAUGCUGCUGAUCGCCAAGAAGAGGCUGGAGCAGUUCAUCUACAGCACGCAUAUAUUUUGCUGUAAUCUCCUGCUGGUGGAGAAUCUGAAGGACCCUCUGUGCUUCCGAGUGUCCGACCAGACGAUUCCCAAACAGCAGCACGUCGUCCAGACAAAGAACCAGGAGGAGAAGCGACUGUGGGUGCACUACCUCAAGAGGCUGAUAGUCGAAAACCAUCCCGCUUCACUCCCACAGAAGGCGAGGCAGGUCCUGGGAGACAACUUCUGUCAGUCUCCUCAGUUUGACCAGGACCACCUGAAGAAGUUGUCUGCGUCACCGCGGCUGGAUGACAUCCACAGCUAUCACAGAGGCAGGCGUCAGUCAGGUCAGGAGCCUCCAGAGCUGCUGAUGUACACACCUGAGAAGUCCAGGAAGAAUCUGCCGCUGCUGCUGGAGGGAAACCUGCCGUACAGACGCACCAGGAGGCAGUCAGCUCCUGCCAAAGACAUCGAAGCUGUGUUUCAUCCCAAUGCUCUGAAGCAGGCAGGCAGUGAGGGAGAGCUGUGCCACGCAGACAGCCUGGGCUCAGCUGGCAGCUGCAGCACGCUCGCCUCCUCCGUCAUCGAGGUGGAGGCUGAGCGGGAAGAAGCGAGCCUGAAGCCUCAGCUGCGAACGAACAAGGAGGAGGAAGAGGAGGAAGAGGAGCUGACCCCCCUCAGCCCUCCUCCCACUCUGUCCAUCACAGAAGAGAUCCUGGAGUUCAUCAACCAGAGCAGAGCCAGAGAGGGGCUCGCUGCCAUCCACACUGACAUAACGGAGAAGAUCCAGGAUCAGCCCAAAGAGCCUCUGUCUAACCAGACCAACUUCACCUGCCCACUGCCCCCAGUUGCUCGGCCCUCCAGCCCAGAACAAAGACCCACGAUGCAACAGGAGUGGGAAAAAACAGAGAUUGAGAAUGACACUGUCCAAAGUCACACAGAAGAAAAUGAAACGACUGGAAGUGAAGUCCAAGAAAUUCAAGUUGCAGAAAGUCAAGUGGAAAAGGGAGCGGAAGUGCAUGGAGAAGUACAAGAUAAAGAUCAAGAAGAGAAGAAAACCAGUGACAGUGAGGAUGGACAUAAGAUCGUCCCACCCCAAACUCCAGAUCUUCAUCCGUUCAUCUCAGGAGAGAGAGAAAACGAGAGCAAAGAAUUUGCACCAAGUGAGCAAGGGAAAUAUGAGUCCACCACUUCCUCCUCAAAUCCAGGUGCUCCGAAUCACCCCAACAAGAAAUGCCACCCACCCACAAGAGGUUCCCACCUCACCAAGAGAGACAAGAAGAUCAUUGAAAAGAUAAGAAGUUAUUAUGAGGCUGCAGCUGAGGCUGAAGAGGAUAAGGAGGAGGCAGAAGAUGAAGAGCCUUCAGAAGGUGUAGCGUCAAGAAGGAGGAACAGUUUCUCACAAAUUCCCUCUGGCUUGGUAAAGGAGACCAUGUCACGCUUUGAUGUGGGUGGUCACCAGGGGGAGUCAGAGAGUGGACGGCUAAAGUACGAAGCAUUAGACAGAGAUGCAGAUCAAGAGCAUUGUUCUUCCUCUGGUCCAGUUUCUUCCCCAACUCCAGUAUUAGUAGAUGUGGAGAGUGAGGGGCAGGCUGAUAAACCAAUGAGUUACUUGGAUACAGAGGUCCGAGUCAAGUCUCCAUCCUCUACUGUGAGUCAUGACAAGGAGACUCCAAACUCAGUGAAUCUGCAGUCGAACCAAAGCGGGCCCGUUGGAGAAGAGACAAAGAUUCAGGAUCAAAAUGAAAAUGGCUGUGAAGGAUCUUUGGUGGAAAGUCAGGAGGUGACGAUGAAUGUAAAUUCACUGGAAGUGGAGUCCAGAGAUGAAACAGCCAAAACUGGUGCUGUUAGCCAAGCUAUUGCAAAUGGGUAUGAACCUAAUCCAGCAGAAUCAGCAGAAACUAAUGGAAGUCAUAAAGAGACCUCUACACCUGUGAACUCCACAGAACAGGGCCAAAAAAGUGAGACAAAAACCCAGAACAUUUCGACUAGAACCGAAAACAGAGGCCAAGCAAAGACGAUGGGGAAUCUUGAGGAUCUUCCCAGUCAGAUAAAAGUGGGUCGAUGGUCCCGUCACUCCAGGAUUGUCACUGCCAACCGAGCCCUGUUUGAGGCCAUGGGAUCGGACGUGGCUGGUAUUGGGUUAUUUGAGGCAAGCCCUGUGGUGGACCCUGUGCUGAUAGAAAACUCAGAGCGUAUUCUAAGCAAGGUCCAAACACUGGCGCGAAUGUACAGUGCCAAAGCCAGCACCAUGAAGGUCCCCCUGCAUCAGAAACGGUCCAGUGCUGGAAGGAACCAAUCGGUGGUCUCUGCUAAACUGUCUGGACCUUCAAGUCCGAGCCAAACUAAAAGUCAUAUACAGGCUGAAUCUCAAACUACAACUGAGUACCAAAAACUAUAUCAAACUGAAACCAGUCAGUCAGAGACCAAAUUUGGAAGCCAAACUUACUCCAAGGCCAAAGUUCAAACCCAAAAUGUAACACAAACUAAGCAGCAAACUCAGGUUCAAACAAGACACCAGAACCAGAUUCAAUCCAUGAGCUGGGAGAGCCAAGAGAUCCAGGAAGAGAUGACAAUAAAGACACCAGAGGGCCUCACACAAGAUUUCCGGGAGGCUGCAAUUGAGCCAGUUGAGCCUCUGUUGUCUGGUAUGUUUGUAAAAGAAGAGCUGACUAGAACCUGUCACCACCAGACAAAUGGAUUUACCCUCUCUAGACCGAGAGAUUUCAUCUCUGCCUUGAAAGAAAGAGAUUCUGGUGUGGGCUGUAGUUCGAGUGAAAAUUCCCAGACUUCCACCACACCUGAAGAAAAUCCAUCCACUUUGCUAAGUAAUCAGUCAACUAGUCAGACCCAGCUAAACAGCUAUGAGCACAGGUACACCUCAGCUGGAGCAUCCUCAUCUUCUAAAACUACCAUUCAGCACCUCAGGACACAAGCUGAAGACUGGAGCUCCAGUUUGUGCUGCUCUCCCAGUAAUAGCACCCUGAACUGCAGAAACCGUGACUCUUUCAUCGAUGACGCCCUGAAUCAAAACAGGGAUGAGUAUCCAGUUACUGAAGCAUCACAGAGAAGAGAUGGGCUGGAGCAGCAGAGUGGUCAACAUCCUGUUUAUUACUCAGUCAGAGAGUCUGGAAAUAACCUUACUCAGCCUGCUCUCUCAGAGCCAAGUCUGUCUGCUGGCUGCUGGAGGAAUGUAUCCAAAGAUGGAGACAACAUGGACACAGCAGCUGCACAGUGUAUGCAAGCUAAAACAGAAAGCAGUUCCAUAAAUGACAAGGAUUUGCUGAACAAAGAUGGGAAUGUUUAUGCAGGGCCUGAAUGCAGGGUUUGCACAGAAAAUGCAAAAGCAUCUUCCGGAGAGUGCAACCGCGCCGCGUCACCUCACCCAGCAUCGACCAGACAGCAGGCCCAGAGAGAAACACGUUCCCUGGCAGACGAAGGCAGCACUGAGCUGAAAAAUGAGCUGCAGGACAAGACAUUAGAGGAGAAAAAGUAUGAUACAAACGAGUACAGCGAGGAUUCAGUAGGGAACUUCAGUGAAUCUCGAUCCUCAGGAGAGCUUGCUGGUCCACCCUCACUCAUGACAUCUGAGCCUUCAGUAAGCUGUCGCGCACUCACAGAGACCCGAGGAGAUCGCAGAUCAAGAGAAGAGGCAGCACCAGAUCCAUCAGAUCCCACCCAGUCAUGCCCAUCAUCAGUGCAGUCUGCAGACCGUCUCCCAACCUUCACCAGCCGAAGGCCGCCUGACCUGCUGACCACGCUGGGCAAGCAGGCUUCAUCCGAUUCCUGGAACCGUAUGGCUGAAGGUGACCACAGGGACCCAGAAGAGCCAAGCUCAGGAUACCCUACCAAACUUCCCAUCUUCAAGACUUCCAUCCUGGAAGAGAGAUCUACCCCAGCUAUUGCCACCCCUGACCAGGCCACAGACCUUACCCCUGUUCCCUCAGCCUUCAAACCCAGCCUGGGGCACCACUCCCCUUCUCCUCUUAGAGCUCCUCUGACCUCCUCAGGAGGAGCACCUCCUUGCUCCUCACCAUUCAGGGAUAUUUCAGAAUCUUCUCCCACUCCUGUGUGCCCAAACAGUACCUCCAAGGCUCUUCCCUGUUUAUCCCCGACUCCGUCUUUAGCCAGGAAAGCCCCGUCUACCCCCUCUCCUGCACCUUCCUUCUCUCCAUCUGUGAGAGGCCCUCCUCCCUCACCUACACCAUCCUCUACCCUGCGCUCUCCUCCAUGUUCCUCCCCCAUCACUUCAUCUUCUGCAUUUACCAAAUCCUUAGCUGCCUCCUGUAUCAGCCAGUCCAUCAGUCAGAGUAUGGCAAAAGACAGCACUGCCCGCAACAGUGUGAACCAAAGCCCCUCCUCCACUCUCUCCUUACCUUCCUCCCACCUACGACAACGUUCCCCUUCUCCUAAACCUCCUGCAAGUGAGCAAGGUACCAGUACACCUGCUUGCGCCCAGUUAGCAUGUACUAAGGAUGGGUACCAACAUCCAAAGUGUCCACCAUCCACUCUCUGGUCUUCUUGCACCUCUCCGACCUUCAUGCCCCCUUCUCCCUCUCUUUCCCGACGCUCCCCAAGUCCAGCCCAUCAUCAGUCACCCUAUACUUCAUCCUCUUCACCACGUCCCUCGUUCCUUCACUCCAAAACUGGUUCUUCACAGAAUCCAAACAACAACAACAAUAACAGCACAGCAUUCAGUCAUGUGAGCUGCAGCUUUAACGGUGAUCUCAGUAAUGGAGGUUGGUCAGUGAAUCCACAGAAUGAGCCACAAGCUUAUGGGAGUGCCACAGUAAGGCAACAAUCCCAAGAUUCUCUCUGGUCAGGAUCACACAACCGUGUAGCCCGGCCUUUUUGUGCAUCCGAACCUAGCUCACGAGUUCAGUCCCCGUCUCCCUCCCCAGCCCCAGCUUCAUUCGCUUACUUUUGCUCUCCCCCUCCACAGCACAAUUUCUCCUCCCCCAUGGCAAACAAGCCCCCCCAUCCCCGGAGCUCAAGGGUUGGAAAUACAAGUUCCCGUAACCCUUUAGGCCUAACUUUGGAGCUCCCCAUCACCUCUUCAGUGAGUUCCUCUUCAUGUCUGAGCCCCCGGAUCCUCUCCCCCCCUCCUAUUGGUGUGUCAGUGAAUGUUUGGACAAAUAACGUUGCGGCACCUCAGCCUAGAAACCCCAGAUAUUCCUCCUCCUCUGCCUCUCCUUCCUUUUCAUCAACACUGGCAUCUUUUCCAACUUCUUCUUCUUCCUCUUUUGUGCCACGGAGUAGUUUUAGAGCAUCCUCGCCUUCUGGACCCUGCCCUACUACCUCCCAAAGCCUCCGCAGGUCUUUUUCCUCCAGCAUGGCUGACAGACCUUCUAGCCCAGCCCGGAUCAGCGCUGCUGCUGCCCAGCGCCGCUCUUGGGCAGACAGCAGCCGAAGGUCUUUAGGUUUUAGUGGAAAUGCCCAUGCUUCUUUUGACCAGCAGGACUCCUGUCCAGUCAGUCCAAGGAGUGGAUGGUCAUCAUACAGCAGCUCACCCUCUUGCCUCAGCCCUCAAAAUGGGCUUCAGUCCCCAUCCUCAUCCAGCAGGAUUACCCCAGGGAAGGGUACCCUGAGUGGGCAGCAUUUUACUAGCGUGCCCUGGCCAGAUGUGCGAGAGCUUUCAAACAAAUAUAAUGGAACAGACAUCCCUGAUACAGGUGAUACUUCCACCAUCAGUGCCUCCUCUCCUAUGCCUGUGUCCUCUCCUGUUUCAUCAGACAGACAGAUAGACUGGGAAGAUCCUGGGCUAGAAGAAGGCAGCUGUCGUAGUCAGCUGAUCUGUGCCUACAUUGCCCGACCUUCCUCUGAACAAAACCUCUCCUCCUCAUGUCUGAUUCUCUCCACCUCAGGAAUGACCUCUCCUCCUACCCCCUACCAACACCACCAAUUCCAUGUCCAACCAUGUCAGAGUCAAAUCAAUACCACAGCACCUCCUGUAUCCUCAGUUUCUUCUCCCCUGCCCUCAAGAGCAUCACCACUACCAUUUUCCAGUUCAUCUCCUACCAAACAGGGGAACCAGAAGGCCAGUUAUGCCACCACAGUGAACCUACAAAUCGCCGGAAGUGGCCGAAUAACCUCCUUCAGCACCGCUCAAGUUAGCCUAACCCAAACCCUGCAGGGGGGAGCUGGAGCUGGUGGAGCAGGACAGGGGCAGAUGGUGAGGAGAGUAAGCAUCAACGGACUCUCACAACUUCCUUCACCCCUUCCUCAAAACUGUAACAGGCGAUGAAGGAGAGAGACUAGUCUUUCAUUCAUGGAUCAAAAAGGGAAUAUGUUAAAAGUGCAACCUUAACAAUGAGAUGCAAAAAAAACACCAGAAGGUGCUGGUUUUUUGUCAGUGCUCCAGAUCUUUCAGAUCUAUUACUUCAACUUGGAAACAGAAUUGCGUCUUCUGCCUAUGAGACAGAAGCUUCAUAUGUGCAGUCUUCACAUGUAAUAACAAACAAAAUGCAUUUUCUGUUGUAAAAGAUGGAUGUAGCCACAGGGACAUCGUCAGUUGGUUUCGAAACAGGUGUGGUGAGUUAGGGGUGCGUCAAAAAGUACUCUCCUUUAUCCUCCUUUUUGACUCUAAUUGGACCAAAAUUUACAUGACAAAGUCAUGUUGUAUUCAGCAAGACUUGAAACUAAUGAGUGAAAUUGCAUCAGGAAACUACGUCCAUCUUUUAUACCCAUUUUAUGAAGGCCUCAUAAUUUUUUGAUCUGACUUUGAUCUGCAUGUUGAUGGAAUUUCUUGCAAAAAGUUCUCAAUAUUGUGCAGACUAGAGAACUUUGCAAGUACAGUUGUUGUCAGAUGAUUCCCCAAACCCUGGCUGUCCACAGCUGGAUGAAUUAUGACAAUCUAAAGGUUGGAAGAUUGUUCAUUGGUCGGUUUGCUUCCUGAACAGCCCUGGACUUUAUCUGUGGAUGCAUUUAAGAUUUUUUUUUUCUUUUUUUUGUAAAAGACUUUCAAACUUUUCAGCUGGAGUGCAUCCAAAAUCAUGCAAGCAGACAUUUUGAUGGUCCAGUGCUGUGCACAAUCACAUGUAUUAUUUUUAUUUUUCCUCUCUGUUUUUUUAAUAUUCUGUUGAACAAACAUCCAUAUUCGGCUGUCUGGGACCAGUGUUAAAAGUUGGUGAUAGCUGUGGUUAUUAAUGAUCUCUCUCUCUUUUUUUCAUUCUUUUUUUUAUUUUAUUGUUUAUUUAUGAAGUUAGUCUUAUUCUCUUUGGCACUUAAUAUCCUUAAAGUAAUGCUGGUAUUUUUGCACAGUGUCUUCAGCUCUUGGGUGCAUUCAUUGAGUGUGUGUGUGUUUGUGUGUGUGUGUGUGUGUGUGUGUGUGUAAUGACGUGUCUGGUUAGGUUUUUGUUCUAACGUCAGACCAAGCUGAUAUCUGUGUGUUUUAAUUAUACUUGUUACACAAUUCUCUUUGCUGAUAUCAGUGCCCUCCAGAAACCUUGUGGCUUGUACUUCACUGUCAAAACUUUUUUUAAUGUUUUCAAUUCAGUUUUAUUUAUAUAGUGUCAAAUCAUGGCAGUGGGAAGGAAAAACUCCCUUUUAACAGGAAGAAACCUCCAGGAGAACCAGGCUCAGGGAGGGGCAGUCACCUGCCGCGACCGGUUCGGGGUGAAGGGAGGGCAGGAGACCGGACAAAAGAUAUGCUGUGGAAGAGAGCCAGAGAUAAAUGAAACUGAUAAUCAAAUGCAGAGUGGGGUAUAAACACAGAGAGUGAGAAGAGAUGAGUGAAGCAGAAGAAGAAAUACUCAGUGCAUCAUGGGAAGCCACCCAGCAGUCUAGGCCUAUUGCAGCAUAAUGAAGGGAUGGUUUAAGUUGUUUUUCCUGUUAAAAUAUAAACAUUGUUUAAGUGUUCUGCAGCUUAGUCAAUACUCCAAAGAACAGGAAGGGGAAAAAUAUUAUUAGUGUUAUUACAAAAUUGUCCAAAGUGUUUGAAAACUCAGUCACUCAGCCCUACAGAUUGGUCAGUGACCCUCCGGUGACCGCUUGUUCUAGGUAAAAAUGUGUAUUCCUGGAGAUUGCUGGCUGUCACCAGGUGAAAUCAAUCGCAAAGAUUUACUGCAUCAGAAAACUCUUUGUGAGAGCUUUGGUUGCUUACACGUUGCAGCGCUCACCCACAGAUUCCAUAGAAUGCAGCAACUUGUUGCACCUUACCACUAAAACCAACACAUUUCAGAAGAUGCAACUCUUGGAUUGAAGGCAAAUGUUUCCAUUUCACUACCACUCGGCAAGUAGUUGGCAAAUGUUUGCAGACAAGCUGGCAUCUUUGAUGUUAACCACUGGCAACUGCAGCAAUCUGCUAGUGAUGAUCGCAAUAGCAAGGAGGUUUUUGGUGCAGCACUGUAUACCUCUUUGUGACCAAUUUCAUGCUGGGAGCUGUCAGAAACCACCCACAAUCACUUACCAACUGGUCACAGAAUACCCACUAAGCCAGUGUUAGCUAGUGUAAUUCACUGAUGCUGCCAGGGGUCGAAGAAAGGUCUUAUUUUUUACAGUUACAGUAAACAUCGCCUAAGUAGGACUGAAAUGUCCCAUGGAAUUUCAUCUGACUUGUAAAAUAAUCAGUCUUAUGUGUAAGUCAGAUAAAGUCCAAUUCUUUAAAAUUCUUCAAAAUAUCGAACAGUUUGGGGUCUAAUACUGAAUUUCAUGAGAAUGGCUUUCUGCUUCAUCCCUGGAUUUGUUUCUGCAAAUUUUAUUAUCUUGUAUUUCUGCUCAUAAGUGUGAGUUUUUAGCUUACGCUUGCCUCCUGCGCUUGUCAUGAUUGUCUCAGGUGAAAUGAACUGAUUCCCCCAGUGCAGCCAAUUCUGACAUCAUGUGACUAGACAGUCAAGCGACAGUGUGUGUAGUUGUGCAUGAAUGAGCCGAUGCAUGGAGUUUGCGUGUAUGAUCACCCGAAGUCAGUGUGACGGGAACUGAGGAAGGCUUUAGCGCUAAACUCAUCUGACUUAUGUGAUCACAUUUAAUUGGAAAUGUAUGAUCCAACUUAGGAGAUUAUUUUUACUGGAAUUAAUGUUAGGAACAAUCGGGAUCUGCAGAAGCCAUCCAACUACAGUGAAAAUCUGAUUUGUGUGACUUUGACUUAGGCGACGUUUAUUGUACAUUAUAGUCUCUACAGAAAUUGGCAGUAAAAAGUACCAAAAAUGUGAAAAAGGAAAUUAAUGCUGCUGAAUGAGGUUUCUGCAUGGCACUGGUGACAAACUGGAGGUCCAGAAUGUUUCUGGCAACUGGUAAAAAGGGAACUUUAACCAAAUCUGUAUCCAGUAAACUCGCUAGAGUUUGAGAAAAUACAAAAAAUAAAAGUGUGUGUUUUAAAACUA